UUUUCCAACUUAACCACGUAGGCGCAGACGAGAGAACCAGCCCAUCAAUUGUUUUGAAUCCUCAGAAAAAUGCAGAGUCGCAGGCGCGAUGCGCACUCAGUGGCUUCUUUUCUUAAUAUCUGUUCAGUCUCAAUAUCUAAGACAUCUGCAUCGUUACUGCAUAGAGAACAAACGAAAGCGGGUUUUCAAGUUCAAAGGCGUGGGAAACCAACAGUUCCUCAGCCUAUUGUUGUGCCGCCGAGCCAAUACUGGUAAUAAGACUCAUAGUUUGAAUAGAAUCACUUGCUGAUGAUUGAUUUAGGGACGGAGAUGAUGGUCAGUGGUCUUCAUUGGGAUUGAGAGUGGGCACACCGGCGCAAAACAUCCGAGUUCUAGUCUCGACAAAUUCUCCAAACAUCAUAGUUGUCUACCCACAGGGUUGUUCAAAGGAUGCGAUGAAUCCUCUGCCUGACAAUUGCGCCAUUUCACGAGGAGUUCUGUUCAAUUCUAACAUUUCCUCAACUUGGCAUCCUCAAGGUCUAUUCGGGAUAAACGAUUUGAAGCAAAUCUUGGGUAUAAAGCCAAUGCAGAGUAUGGGCUAGAGACAGUGGGACUAAGUCAUGUUUCUGGAGACGAAAAUGGGCCAACUCUUGUCAAUCAAACAAUUGCUGGAAUUGCGACAGCAUCUCCUUUUUACGUGUGGGUAUUCUUUUGAACUCUUAUCUUGAAAAACACUAAUUUGCAGUAACAGAGGAAUAUUCGGCUUAGGUACACAGCCAGUCAAUUAUACAGACCUUGGAAACUUCUCCGCGCCUUCGUAUUUUUCUUCUCUCAAAGUUCAAAACCUGAUACCCUCCCUAAGCUGGAGUUACACAGCUGGGGCAAAAUACCGUGAGUUCUAUUAUUCGGUUGCUGGGAUCAUAUAUUGACAUCUACUAGAACUCAAAGGAGGUCAAUUCUCUCAGUUGAUUUUCGGAGGAUAUGACUCUUCGAGAUAUACUCGCAAUACUGCAAAUUUUACCCUCAGUCCAGAUAUUACUCGAGAUAUUGUCGUCGCCGUGCAACAAAUUUCAUUUAGUGGCACUACACAAGAAGUUCUCCUUCCAAAGCUCCUCUAUGCCUUUAUCGAGUCAACAGAUCCCAAUUUCUGGCUUCCCGCCGAAUCGUGCAGGUUCGUCUCUUCUAAGUCCCGCUAUCAAAAAUAUUCGCUUGUUUACUAUAUAAUUAGGGCUUUUGAGAAGGCAUUUGGCAUAUCUGUUGACAACAGCACGGGGCUUUAUUUGUUGAACGCGACGCAAUACGCCAAGCUUCAUGCAACUAAUCCUUCAGUCACCUUUACGUUGUCAAAUAGUCUUUCAAGUGGAAAGAGUGUUAACAUCUUUCUGCCAUUUGAUUCCUUUGCAUUAUCCGCAACCCCACCUUUUGUACCGAACGCCACAUUUUAUUUUCCACUUAAGGAAGCUUCCAACGAUACACAGUAUACUCUCGGCAGAACAUUUCUUCAAGAAGCGUACGUAAUCGCUGCAGGUAGACUUGUUCGUUAUGCUUACUAUGAAAUAGUUAUUUGACCGUUAACUAUGAAAGGGGGAACUUCUCGGUUAUCCAAUGCACUUUCGACGAUGGCUCAGCCUCUCAAAUAACAACUAUACCAUCAAUUACCUCUGAUGGAACCGAGAAAAAGUCGAAUGGUAUCGGCGCUGGACCUUUAGUGGGCAUUGUAAUUGCCAUAAUAGCCUUCAUUAUUCUCAUAGGGGCAUCAGUCUUCCUCUACUUACGAAGGAAGAAGCGAAGAGAUGUGAUUGAGCCCAGAGAUGUCGUAGCAUUACCGUUACCUGAGCCUUCAUACACUGUUUACUCUCCCAGCCUGUCAACUCGAAGUCCGGAACCACAAUCUAUAAACCCCAAAACUGAAAACGAUAGUAACGUCUGGACCUUUUCCUCGGAAAUGGAGAGUGACCCAAUCACUAUCCCUAUGAAGAGAAUUCACCGACAAAGAUCAGAACUCUCUGAUACAUCACAAAUUCGCCCCGAACUCCCGGCAGCGGACAAUCGUGAGGGAACUUUAUUUGAAGAAGAUCAGCAGAUCCAAUCUUCCAGAAUAGCAGAUAGAACAGCUGAAUUGGAUGGUUCUGGAGUUUUGUACGAAUUGGAUGCUGAACCCAAAGAUCCAACGCCGAAAGCUAGUCCUGGAUUAAGUCCUACGGAGCCAGUUCAUCUACCAUCGACAGCUGGAGGUUUGCAUAACCAAGUCAAUCCUGACACGAAUGCAGAAGAUCAGACACCAGUUCAGCCAACCUCCUGGCUCGACAUGAGCGAAAGAAUAGCGGGGAGCAGAAGAACUGGUAGCUCUCCUGUAUCGCCACUACGUCCGGAGGAAAGAGAAAGGGACCCCUCAACUUCCGCACUAAGUAAUAGAGGUGGUUCGAGAUAUUGCAUGCGUGACUCUCUCGGGGUAUCAAGUCCACUCUCCUCGAACACAUCGAACGAAAGUCUUUACAAAGAAAUAUGAGGCACCAGCUCAUUCUGACAUUAUAUAAAUCCGAAGUCGCAGGUCUCGUAUGCUCAUCAAAGUCAGCAGCGGCAGAACAGCCCCGAGACGUCAUAGAAUGUCUGCGCCAUCGUUCCCGUGAAGCUUACAGGACCAAAAUGAUCAUGCGAGUAGGCUGCUUUUGUCGCCGGAUGGUACCUGGAAAAUUCCGGUUUAUGAAGACUCUGCCGUUGACGCCACUGAUUUGUCCUCACGAUAAUAUCUUCCGGUUCCCAUUUCAUGGCGCCAUGGCAGACAAUUACCAUCAUAAGUUUACCUACCACGUCUGAACAUAUCAAUUGUAUAUAUUUCACAUACCAAGACUCGUGUUAAUUAAGCCACAUAGGAACCCAAAGAUAAUAAUAAAUUUCCGAUUCUUCCAUACCA